AUGAUCAGACAGGCUACAACUAAACAAUUUGCAGCAAGACGCUGCUUACAGCAGAUAGCAGCACGCCCCGCUGUAUAUGGCACAUUUCGCUGCUACAGCUCGGCGUCCCGCAAUUACAGUGCAUCAGUAGCGAGCGCUCCAUCUAGUGACAGGAGGCCUGAACCGGCUCCCUGUUUUAACGUUGAUCCAGCAGCAGAGCAGCCCUCAAAGCUUAGUCAAAAGCUUCGGGCUGAUCCCCAUAUGGACAGUUCGUUCAUUGGUUUGACCGGCGGUCAGAUAUUUCAUGAGAUGAUGAUUAGACACAACGUUGACACCAUCUUUGGUUACCCUGGUGGUGCCAUCCUGCCAGUGUACGACGCCAUCCACGACAGUAAAGCUUUCAACUUUGUCCUACCAAGACAUGAACAAGGUGCUGGUCACAUGGCCGAGGGUUACGCUAGAGCUUCUGGUAAACCUGGUGUCGUCUUGGUGACUUCAGGUCCAGGUGCGACAAAUGUGGUUACUCCUAUGGCCGACGCCCUUGCGGACGGUGUCCCAAUGGUCGUGUUCACCGGUCAGGUGUCUACCUCGGCCAUCGGUACUGACGCCUUCCAGGAGGCCGAUGUCGUUGGAAUCUCAAGAUCGUGCACCAAGUGGAAUGUGAUGGUUAGAUCAAUCGAAGAGCUUCCUCGACGUAUCAACGAAGCAUUUGAGAUCUCCGUGAGCGGCAGACCAGGUCCCGUCUUGGUUGAUCUGCCCAAGGAUGUCACAGCGGCUAUCCUAAAGAAUCCAAUUCCAACAAAGACCACUCUCCCAUCUACUUCAUUGGCUCAAAUAACCAAACGUGCUCUUGACGAAGCAACCAAUGAAAAGCUAGCGCGAGCUGCCGAUUUGCUAAACAAGGCCAAAAAACCGGUACUUUACGUCGGUGCUGGUAUUUUGAACAACCCCGAUGGUCCCAGAUUGUUGAAGGAAUUGAGCGAACGUGCUCAAAUACCAGUCACAACCACUCUACAGGGUCUUGGUGCCUUUGAUCAAGAGGAUCCAAAGUCUCUAGAUAUGUUGGGUAUGCACGGCUCUGCUACCGCCAACCUGGCGAUGCAACAUGCUGAUUUGAUUCUAGCAGUUGGUGCCAGAUUUGACGACCGUGUCACCGGUAGCAUCAGCAAGUUUGCCCCAGAGGCCCGUCGUGCUGCUUUAGAGAACAGGGGUGGUAUUGUACACUUUGAAAUUACGCCAAAGAACAUCAGUAAGGUCGUAGAGACCCAAGUAGCAGUCCAAGGUGAUGCAGCAGUAAACAUCGAAAAAUUGCUUCCCUUAGUCUUCCCCGUUAAGGAGAGAACCGAAUGGUUUGCAAGUAUCACUGAAUGGAAGGAGAAGUACCCAUAUGCCUACCAGAAGGAAACUCCAGGGUCCAAGAUCAAACCACAAACAGUCAUCGCUAGACUAUCUGAUCUAGCCAACAAAAGUGACAAAGAAGUUAUCGUGACCACCGGUGUCGGUCAACAUCAAAUGUGGGCUGCCCAACACUGGACUUGGAAAAACCCUCGCUCUUUUAUCACCUCUGGUGGUUUAGGUACCAUGGGCUACGGUUUGCCUGCAGCUAUCGGUGCUCAAGUCGCAAAACCGGAUGCCUUGGUCAUCGAUAUCGAUGGUGAUGCCUCUUUCAACAUGACCUUGAUGGAGCUAACCUCUGCUGUCCAAGCCAACGCCCCAGUUAAGAUCUUGCUGCUAAACAACGAAGAGCAAGGCAUGGUCACUCAAUGGCAGUCACUAUUCUACGAACACCGUUACUCUCACACCCAUCAAUUGAACCCAGAUUUCGUGAAGCUUGCCGAGGCCAUGGGCUUGAAGGGUCUACGUUUAUCUAAGCAAGAAGAUAUGGAUGCCACUUUGAAAGAAUUUAUCGAAACUGAGGGUCCAGUCUUGUUGGAAGUCAUUGUUGAACCAAAGGUGCCUGUUCUGCCAAUGGUUCCAGCAGGCAAGGGGCUGGACGAAUUCAUAAAUUUCGACCCUAAAGUUGAGGAGGAGCAGACUGCUCUUCGUCACGAACGCACUGGAGGUCAAUAUUAA